GGCGCUUACUUGCACGGCCGCCAUAUUGUGUGACACUAUUUUGAUUCCUAUCUGCUGGAAGAGAGAAAGCAAGAGAGAAAAGCAGGGGAAACGCAGAAGAGUUCCCGAGUGUGUGAAGCAGCGGCGGCGCGGGGUUCUGCCUCACCGCGGUGUUGAACGGAGUCGGGCCUGGGUUCCGUCCCAGCGCGGUUCCGCGGCGCGUCUCGGGGUUGAAGGCGGCCCGGGAGCGGCGGUGACACGAAGAUGCUGAGAUAAGCGAGUGCUGUGGUCAAGUCCGCUCCGUUUUGGCAGUAGACGAAUGGCACAGGGAAACCAGCAGAGUGACAUUCAGGUUCUGCAUCACCUGCGGCAAAAGUUCCCAGAGGUUCCCGAGGACGUGGUGUCCGAGUGUGUCCUGCAGAAUAAGAAUGAUUUAGCUGCAUGUUGCGAGUACCUGACCAAAGUGAGUCCUGGUUUCUUGUAUAGUGAAGGCAGCCAGAGUUUGACAGAUCUUCGCAAUCACAUGACCCAGCUCAACCUCGGCGUGUCUCAGAAUACCCAUGGUGCAGUGCAGCGAGAUGUAGUGAGGAUGAAUGGCAGCAGGACUGUCCCCCCCAGUGUGAGCGAUGGGCCUUUAAACGUGCCUCCUCCCCAGCCCGAGACGCCGUCUGCGCCGACACACAAUCCCACGAGCCUCAGUGCCUUCGCCAUGGAGUCCACUCGCAAGCCGCAGCCUCCUCAGCACCUGGGCCUUUACCAGGUCGGGGGCAAAGGUCACGGACCGCCUCCAACCCCGCGCUUCAACCCAAUCACGGUGACGCUUGCGCCGAACACCGGCCGCAGCACACCGACCUCCCUGCACAUCCAUGGAGGGCCUCAGUCGGGUCUGAACAGCCCAAACUCCAUCUACAUCCGGCCGUACGUGACCCAGCCGGGCUCCACGCGACAGGCCCCCGGCCGCGCUCAGUACAGCCCCACCUCGCAGCCCACACAGCAGAUCUACCAGAUCAGCCACCCUGCAGCUUCCCAGAGCUCCUGGAGCGGCGGCCAGCAUCAGACCUCACAUGUGUACAUGCCCAUCAGCUCGCCCACCAGCACCCAGGCCCCCCCCAUACCCUCGCCUUCCUCCUGCUCGUCCUCCUUCAGCCAGUACAACAUCCAGAACAUCUCGACCGGGCCACGCAAGAAUCAGAUUGAGAUCAAGCUGGAGUCUCCACAGAGAGUGGCUGGGGGUUCGAGCACGGCCACAGCGACGCUCCUGCGCUCGCGACCCUCCUGUAGCUCCGCGUCUUCGUCCUGUCCGUCGUCAUCGUCGCUGGCUGCCAGCACAGGUCCCUCCGCUCCCAUCUCGAUAGGAGGUGCGGGGCUGAGUCGCAGCCAGCCCACGGUGUACAUCUCUGCUUCCCCACCCGCUGCUGCCUCCACCUCGGCAGACGACUGUGCCGUUGUGCCUCGCUCACAGCCCAAGUUCUAUAUCUCUGCAAACACAUCUGCAGAAGACGGAGGGGCGAGGAACCCGCCGACGGUCUAUAUCUCAGCCAAUCCGGCGCUCCAGUCUCCCGCGGGUCUGCGGGCUUCAGGAAGCCAGGUGAGCAUGGGCCCUGCGUACAUACACCACCACCCGCCCAAAUCCCGUCCCUCGGUGGGAGCCGGAGGCACGGCCACGUCUCCUCGUGUGGUGGUCACGCAGCCCAACACCAAAUACACCUUCAAAAUCACUGUCUCCCCCAACAAACCUCCGGCUGUGUCUCCUGGAGUGGUGUCGCCCACGUUCGAGCCGACUAACCUGCUCAGUCUCCCAGGAGAUCACCAUUACGCAGAGCCGGAUCCGUUGAACCAGUCUGACCCGCUCUCACCUCAGCGGGACACAAGCUCGGAGCCGCGCAGACUCAGCAUGGGUGCAGACGACGCUGCCUACACACAAGCUUUGCUGGUGCAUCAGAGAGCACGUAUGCAGCGACUGUGGCACGAACUCGAGCAGAAGAAGAGAAAGCUGGAGAAGCUGAAAGAGGAAGUCAAUGAGAUGGAGAACGACCUGACGAGGAGACGACUGCAGCGCUCCAACUCCGUCUGUCAGAUCCCGUCUAUUGAGGAGAUGCAGCAGUUGAGGUGUAAGAAUAGACUUCUGCAGAUCGAUAUUGAUUGUUUAACCAAAGAGAUUGACCUCCUUCAGACACGAGGACCAGACUUCAAUCCCAUUGCAAUUCAUAACUUUUAUGACAACCUUGGAUUCUUGGGUCCUGUUCCUCCUAAACCUCUCAAAGGUCCUGCGAUACAAGAGGGCAGCAGGAGCGCCAGGCUCGUGUCGGAGCCCGAGGAGGACGACGGUGUUCAGUGGAGCUGCACUGCCUGCACCUUCCUCAACCACCCUGCCCUCAACCGCUGUGAAGAGUGUGAAUUCCCCCGGCAUUUCUGAGCCACACACACACACCUAACAUUCUCCACCGGGACACAUGUCUGCUGGAGGCUUCUCUAAAGCUCCCUCUUUGCCCCUCAGUGUCAUUGUGUGUUUGUUUGUCUUGUGAUGUCCACUGAAGACUGGAUGAUGUUUACAGCUCUCUUGUCUCUGUACUGUGUGUGUGUGUGUGUGUGUGUGUGUG